CUGCACACAAGACAAGUCCACAGUCAUCAGUGAAUGAGUGAUAAUGUCUUGAUGUUGACUCAAGAAUUAAGAUUAUUUAUGUUUAGGGACAUUGUUCGGUUUUAAGUUUUCAGGAUUUUAUGUGUUAUUGAUUUUCUACAGAAUUACAUUUCCAAUGCCUAGAUAGGUGGUUAUGAAGAUUGAUGAAUAUCAAGAGAGACUGCUGAAUAAUCAGAUAUUUCACAAUCUAGGGUUCCUUAUAUGUGAUGAAUUGAACCAGCCACCCACAAAUAUUCAUAUGAAAGUUAUACAGGACACGGCAUCUUAUAAACUGGAUACCCCUCAAACAAAAUGAGGACUCUUCUUAUUUACACGACGUGGCUGGUUGUAGGAUGGACCUUUGCAUCUUGGUCUGGUUCUCAUACCCAUGGACAGGGAACCAACCCACGUUAUGGCAGCCGUCGGGCCAAAAGUCAGAAACCAAACAUUGUGCUGAUCUUGACAGACGACCAGGAUGAGUUGCUAGGUUCAAUGGAGGUGAUGCCAAAAACUCUACGCAUUAUGAGAGACCAAGGUGUUCACUUCAACAACUCGUUUGUGUCCACGCCCAUGUGUUGUCCCUCCCGCAGUUCAAUCCUGACCGGACUCUACACACACAAUCACGACGUACACACAAAUAAUGACAAUUGCUCCUCUCCGUUCUGGCAGAGGACUCACGAAACUCGAACUUUUGCUACCUACCUCAAUAACGCUGGCUACAGAACGGGGUACUUUGGGAAGUACCUUAACGAGUAUAAUGGGACGUAUAUUCCCCCGGGGUGGAGGGAAUGGGUGGGGCUCAUCAAAAAUGCCAGAUUCUACAACUACACAGUGAAUUUCAAUGGAAAUAAGAUGAAGCACGAGGAUAAUUAUUACCAUGACUACUUUACAGACCUAAUAGCCAAUGAUAGCGUUACUUUUCUUAAGAACAGUAAACAGUAUUUUCCUAAAAGGCCAGUAUUAAUGGUGUUGAGUGUCCCCGCCCCUCAUGGACCUGAGGAUGCAGCCCCGCAGUACCAGCAUCUCUUCUUCAAUAACACCCUACACAGAACUCCCACCUGGAACAAGGCCCCUAAUCCAGACAAACAGCAUUUGUUGAAAAUGACUGGAAAGAUGGAGCCAAUUGAGCAGAGAUUCACCGACAUUCUUCAACAGAAGAGACUGCAAACACUGCAGUCAGUGGACGAACUGGUAGAAAAGGUGUAUAAUGAGUUGUGGUAUUUGGAUGAGCUGGAGAAUACCUACAUUAUUUACACCUCGGACCACGGCUACCACUUAGGACAGUUUGGAGUUGUCAAGGGCAAGUCUUUGCCGUAUGACUUUGAUGUACGAGUCCCUCUGUAUAUCCGAGGUCCUGGAAUCAAACCAAGAUCCAAGAUUUCUAACAUUGUGGUGAACAUUGAUUUGGCCCCUACUAUUCUGGAUAUGGCUGGUGUAGAUAUUCCCGGUCACAUGGAUGGGCGCUCCAUGAUGAAACUGAUCAGAGCCAAGGACUACCGAGAGCAAGCUCACGGUGUUGAUUCUGAUACCUUUGUGACAACAAGGAGACCUUGGAGGGACACAAUCCUAUUGGAGAGGGGGAAAGUAACCAAAAAGAUCAGGAAAGAAAUGAUGAGGCAACAGAAGAAGAAUUUUCUGGAUACUGUGAACAGUUUACCUACCAUUAGUGAGUCGUACCUGAAGUAUGCCACUCCAAAACAAAAGCGAAUCUUCAAGGAGUGCUCCAAACCUGAAAACCAACCACCUUGUAAAAAGGGACAGAAAUACCAAUGCGUCCAGGAGUUUGGUCGGGAUUUGCCGAGGCUGAUGAAGUGUCGAUGGAAGGAGAGGGGAAGGAGAAAGAUGCAGAGGGAUGGAUAUCUGAGGUCAAAGAAGCACUGUCCCUGUGGUCGUAAGAAGAAAAGGAUGAAUAGAAGGGAAAAACAGAGUCAGACCGAGUUCUUAAUGAAACAUGCAAGCAAAGAUUUUACUCCCAGGUUUAUUAGAACCAAGAGAUCUUACCUACAAAUGAUUGGUAACGCAAGCAACUCACUACAAAAUUCCAUACCAGUUCAGCCAUUUGAUCGACGUUGUCGAGUUUUACCCAAUGACACGGUCACCUGUGAUAAUAUUCUGUACCAGGACCCUGUAGAGUGGAAAAAUCAUAAAGAGAAACUCGAUGAAAUGAUUGAAGAGUACAGGAAAAUGCUUGAAGAUCUAAGGAUUUAUAGAAAGCAUCUGAAGUCCUCCAAACCCAAGGAGUCGUUCCUGAAUGAAUUUGGUAUUGAGAUGAAUGGCCGGGGUUACUUAGAUUUUGAGUGUGAGCCCUGCACCCAGAGUAACAGCAGACAAUAUGAAAGGAAAAAGGAAAUAGAACAAAGAAGACGUCGUAGAAGAAACAAGAAGAGGAGGAGAAAGCAGCAGCAAACUGUGGAUUCACCCCUGUGGAAUUCUACGUACUGGAACUUGCCGCCCAAUGAGAAAGUAACGCGUCGAGAUCAUCCAGCCUGUAGGAGGGCCGCCAUGGACUGCUCACUAAUGGACAACAGUCACUGGAAAACACCCCCUUAUUGGUCAAAUGGUCCCUUUUGUUUCUGUACAAACUCGCAAAACAAUAAGUACUGGUGUAUCCGAACACUCAACACCACACAUGAUCUAUUGUACUGUGAAUUCAUCAACAACUUUAUCAGUUACUAUGAUCUCAAAAAAGACCCAUUUCAGACAAGGAAUGCUAUACAUGAUGUUAACUAUGGCAUUCUACAACAGUUGCACGAGCAGCUCAAUGCAAUGCGAGCUUGUGAAGGAUCAAAGGAGUGCAACAAGGCAGGUCUCUUUUCGAUUAGAAUGUCUGGCAGACAUAACAGGCCUAGGUUUGACAGUUUACUCACAAACACUGCCGUGAGGUCCAAUUUGUACCCGUCUGUACACAGAAGAUGGUACUGUUUGUUAAUUUGUUUUGAGUUGUAUUUGAUAAACAGAUUUUCACAACAUCACAGUAUCUAAAGAGCACCUAGCUAGUCUGUAAAACUAGGUACAGAGAUGACAUCAAAUCAAAUAAUGCUGUCACCGAGGAAGCUGUGCCAAGUCUAUGACAGAACAUUUAACAUGGCAGGGGUACUGGACUACCCUUAGAGAGUCGCAGCCUAGCAGGGCUAGGGAAAACCAGGGCAGACUGUGUUCAUUCAUAACUUUUUACUAUCACCCAUUAUACUGUGAAUCAUUCACCGUGUUGGCAAUUAAAGAUAGUCCAAAUAUUGUGAUAUUUUUGUGAACAUCAAGAAAAGACUUGAAAUGUUCUCAUCUCUUUUUACUUGUAACACUUAACUAUGAUCAUGUAUUUUUGAAGAGGUUGUUUAUUUUACCUCAAGUGAAAGAUGUACUUAAUUACAGUAACAAUGUACCACUUACUCCUAGAAGGUAGUAAAAAUGUUCAUUGUUUUUAAUGUAACCCAGGACAGUCCGUGUCAUUUCUGUACUAUGUGUAGUUCAUUGGUCAGUAUUAGAGUAGUGAUUUCAUAUUAGUCUGUAGUUUAUGUGAUCUGAUUGUAGUAUGAUUAGGAUGCUGUGUGUUCAUCACAUCCAUACAUUUUUGUAUCUGUUUAUUUUAUUAAUAAUGUCUG